AUGCUUAGGAAAAUGUCCCAAGCUUUGAAAUAUUAUGAUAUAGGCUUAAAUCUGAGCGAUCCUAUGUAUCAAGGAAUCUAUCAUGGUAAAAAAUACCACGAAUGUGAUAUCAAGCAUCUGUUGCACCGCGCCAAAAUGGCCCGCGUUCAAAAUAUGCUUUUGACGGGAUCUUCGAUCCUCGAGUCAAAACAAGUCGUCCAACUUUCACAUCAGUAUCACACCGACGAAACCCGUCUCUAUUAUACCCUCGGUGUUCAUCCCUGCUGCGUAAAUGAAUUUGUUCUCGAUGGCAAUCAAUCAACUAUCGAUAAUCCCACGAACGACAUCGAGUUUAACGAGGGCCUCGAUAUUACUGACAUAAAUUUUACGAAAUCUAAGAUCAGAGAACUGUUUGAGCUGAUAAACGAAAGAUCACAAGAUCCUCAAUUCCGGGCUAUUGGCGAAAUUGGAUUAGACUACGACAGAUUCUAUUAUUCUUCAAAAAAAAUGCAAUUGCUUCUGUUCGAAGAACAACUCAAACUCAGCUGUCUGUUUCCAGAAAAGCCGCUCUUUUUACAUAUGAGAAACUGUUGUUCAGAUUUCGUCGCAGUGCUUAAAAAAUUCCUUAUAGGUUUUACAGAUUCUGCGGACCGUUUCGAUCUGAAAGAAUUAAUUGAUAUCCCUAGACGUGUGCCAUAUUUGCCUUGGAUUAAUGAGUCGGGUGAAGUGUGCUAUAAGUUUUCUCCAAAUCGAAGAUUUGUAACUCAUUCCUUCACCGGAUCUGUUACAGAAAUGCAAGAGAUUCUAUCUCUUUCUGAUUACUCCUAUAUUGGGAUGAAUGGUUGCUCUUUCAAAACUGAGGAAAACAUAAAUUGUGUUAAAUCUAUUCCUUUAAACAAACUCUUACUCGAAACGGAUGCCCCAUGGUGUGAUAUUCGUAGGACUCAUGAUUCCUACAAAUACUUAUUUUCGGACUUAUCCAGUUGUAAACUAGAAACUGACGAUCCGUGGAAUUUUGGGCUAUCUCAAGCAUACCCUGAUAUCCAAAAAUGGUUCAAAUCUGUCAAACGCGAUAGACUCGAUAAAAACCCGAUACAAGAUCGCGACAAUAUUACGAUCAAAUCCAGAAACGAGCCUUGCUUUUUGGGACAUGUCGCAUCAGUCGUGGCUCGAGUAAAAGAUCUUCCUAUUGAGGACGUUGCAUCUCAAGUUUGGGAGGUUACUUGUGAUGUUUAUGGUGAAUAA